AUGAAUUUUAAAUUAAAGAAAAAGAUUAAAAAAAAAAAGAAAAAUGAGGCUAAUAAAGAAGAAUUUUAUGAAUCAGAAACAAGAACAUUUAACAGAGAAAUAAGUUACGAUACAAGAAGAAAAAAUUUUAGCUUGCCAAAAAUAACUAGAAAUGGAGUUUUAACAUAUGAUGAAGAAAACAACAAAGUAGAAGAAAAAAAAAGUAGAAAAAAAGAAAAAGAAAAAUUAAAGUUAAGAAAACUUUUAGAUAAUAUCAAAAAAAGAAAAGUGAAAAAAAAACCCUUUGAAGAAGAGAUUUUUAAUGUUUCUAACAAAAUUAAAAAUUUCCAAGAUAUUAGAAAUAUUAUUGCAACUACUGCCAAUAAUAUUAUAGCUGAUCAAAAUCUUAAUAUUAAAAAAUUUGAUUUGCUAUUUUAUAUUUUUAAAGAAAGUCUAAAAGGAAAAAGGGAAUUGGAUAGAGAAAAUAAAUAUAAUGAUUAUAAUUUUAAAAUAAAACAUAAAUACUUUGAAAAUAUUAAUAUCUUAAGUUGUAUAUCCAUAUGCACUAUUUUAAAAUGUAUAACACCAUCAUAUAAGAUUUUUAACACAGCUGAUGUGGAUAACGAUGCUACUGAAAAUAAUAGUAAUUUGAAUAAUAAAAAAAAAAAAAGUGAAUCAAAAAAUUUUUCUAAAAUUAUACAAAGUGUUAAUAAAUUAGAGCAAAUGAUUGUAAAGUAUUUUAGAGAUUUUUGUAAUAUAUUGAAAGAAAACAUAUGUGAUAAUACUACUGUUUAUGUGAAUUUAUUAUGUGAAAUAGUAACAGUUAAUUUGUAUUUGUCAAAAAAUGAAAAAUUGUUAGAAUACCUUAUACUAUAUUCAAAUAUAUAUACUUAUCAUAGUAAAAAAUAUAAUAAAGGAGGAAAUAACAAAAAUUCUGAAAUUCUAUGUAUGAAAUGCUUGAAUACUCUGAAUGAAAUUAUUGAUAAUGAUCAUAAUUUAUCUUUUACAUUAACUUUGGUAGAUUAUUUCUCCAAAUAUAUUUUUAAAAAAGAAAAAAGCAUUUGUCCAAAUUUAUUAAAAAUAUUUUCUAACAUAAAUAUAACAGAGAAAAAAAUUCAUGCAAAAUUAUAUUCUGAUCAAGAUAAAAACGAUAAUGAAGGAAAAAAUAAUGAAUUACAAGUAAAAACAAAUAUAUGUGGAAAUUUAAAAAUAAUAGAAAAAAAUACAGAAAAAAUAUUAGAUCAACUAUUUUUAAUUUAUUUAUGUGUAUUAAGAGAAUACAAAAAAUAUUCAAUUUUUUUCGUAAAAAAUGUAUUAUAUGCCAUAUCAAAUUAUGCAUUAUAUAUUAAUAAGCUAAUAAUGGAUGAUGUCUUUGAAGAGAUAAAAGCAAUAGCAAAGGAAAAUAAAACUUCACCAUCCCUUAGAAUGACUUCUAUUCAUAUAUUUCUAAAAAUUCUAAAUAAAGUUAAUGAUAAUAUAUAUAUUGAUUGCUCAUGGAUAGCCAGUUGUCUUUUACAUCUGUUAGAUUCAUCAAUUCAUUAUUUUCAUACAGGUUCAUCUACUUUUUUAUUACAAAAUAGAAAUUUCAUUUACAAUAAUUUUUUAGAUAGCGAUAAAUAUUACUUAAAUGAUAAUGAAAAUUCUAAAACAGAUAAUCUUAAAAACGGAAAACCAAUUAAGUAUAAUUCUUCAAGAAAAGAUAAAUUAAAAGAAAAAUAUAAUUUUAGUUCUGAAAUGUUGUAUUGUAUAGAUCUAUUGCUAAAAACUAAAAAUUUUACAAAUAAUUAUAAUAAUUUUAAAUCUAGUAAUAAUCAUCUAUUAUGUAGAAUAAUAUAUCAUUUAUUCAAUAUUUCUUUACAUUCAGAUUAUGUGAUUUCUUUUUCUAUUUUAAAAAUAAUUCAAUCAAUUAUGAUGAAAUUUCCUUUAGUUAAAUGUAUUGUUGAAAAAGAAGGAAUAGUUAUUUCUUAUAUGAAUGAUAAUCUUUCUAUUUUCUUUCAAAAUAUUUUAUUUCAUUCUUGUCUUUUUAAAGAAAUAUCUUCUUUAGCUUUAGAUAUAUCUUUAAAUGAUUCAAAUGAAAAUUAUAAUGCAAUUUUGAAAAAUUAUAUAAAUCGGAAUAAUUGUUAUGUAAAAAAUAAAACUAUUAACUAUAAUAUGAAUUUGAGUGAAAAGAGAAUAAUUGACGAAAAUAAAUUAAUGAAAUGUGAUUUUGAUGACAUUUUCCAUAAACAUAGAGAAAAUUUUGAUGAAUUCAAUACAAUUAAAAAAAACAACUUUAAAGAAUCAGUUGAUAAAUCAUUUAUUUUAAGUAACGAUGAUUAUGAAAAUAUAUCUAUUAAUAAUCUUUCUCCUUAUAUGCUAACCGCAAUUGAUUUCAUUGAAAUCAUUUUUUCUCCUUACAACAAAUUUAUAAAAUAUUUUCAAAAAGAACAGGAAAGAAACAAAAAUAUUACCGGUAAUAAUUACAAAAAUAAAAGUAUAAAUUAUAAAGAAGAUAAACAAAAAGGCAAUCAAAAAGAAAAAAAGAAAAAUUACAAUAAAAUAAAAAAAAUAAUUAAAAAAAAAAAAAAAAAAAAUAAUGCAUAA